AUGAAUCCCCAUGAUGAACGCAGCAGGCCAGGUGUGGACCAGAAAGGAGAAGAAAGCUCAGAAAGAAGGCCAUGGAUUUUCCUCCAAGGUCCUCACUUUCCUUCGCCCAUAGUAGGGGAUCUUGGUAACCUCCCCCCGCCCCCCGGGCUUGGGGAGAGUGGGGAUGGCCCAGGAACCCCAGCUCUGCAGUGGGGCUGCCAUCGCCCCGAUCCCACCCCCAAAGCUGUGUCUGGGAGAGACAGCCGAUUUGGGGCAGCUGGUGGUACAACUUCAACUCCUAGACUGUUCCCCGUGGAGUGCCCAAGGGCUCUCCCUUCCUUCACAAACCUGCAGCGCCUGUCGGGGAGCCCCGAAGCCGACGAGGAAGCAAGCCUGCAAAAGACCCACAGCUUACUUCCAGAAAACAGCAGAAAAAGAACAAGAAGCACAAGUGGGGGCCGCGACAGGCAAGGGCCACCCCCGGCCCCCCUGUGGCAGCUGUCCGCGUCCCUGCGCCGUCGCCCGCUCCCGCAGCCACGGCGCGCCGGGCGGCCCGGCGGGGCCCGCGGGCGGCGGGGCCCCGGGCGGGAGGCCGGGGCGCGGCCGGGGCCCGCGGCGGCGCUGCUGGUGCUGGCGCUGCUGCUGUCGGGCUCGGAGGCCGUGGUGCGCGCCGUGCUGUGGGGCAACUCCAGCUCGGUGGACUUCGCCGACCUGCCGGCGCUCUUCGGGGUCCCGCUGGCGCCCGAGGGCGUGCGCGGCUACCUGGUGGAGGCGCGGCCGGCCAACGCGUGCCAGCCGAUCGAGGGGCCCCGGCCGGGCAACGGCACGCUGGGCGCCAUCGCGCUCAUCCGCCGCUACGACUGCGCCUUCGACCUGAAGGUGCUGCACGCGCAGCGCGCCGGCUUCGAGGCGGCCAUCGUGCACAACGUGCGCUCCGACGGCCUGGUGCGCAUGGCGCCGGGCUACGAGGACCUGCGGCGCCAGAUCGCCAUCCCGGCCGUGUUCGUGGGCGAGGCGGCCUCGCAGGACCUGCGCGUGCUGCUGCGCUGCGACAAGUCGGCGCACGUGUGGCUGCUGCCCGAGUCGCCGGGCUUGCGCCGGGCCCCAGCGCGCCCCGCGCUGGCGCUGGCCUGGGCGCUGGGCCGCGCGCUCGCCCUGGCCGCGCCCGCGCUGCUGCUGGCGCGCCGCCUGUGGCUCCGCGCGGCCGCCGCCUGGUGCGCACGCGCGCCCGCCGCCCCCGCCCCCCCGCCGCCCGCGCACGCGCACAAGGCGCAGGUGCAGGUGUUCACGCGCCUGCGCGACCUGUGCGCCAUCUGCCUGGACGAGUACGAGGAGGGCGAACGCCUCAAGAUCCUGCCCUGCUCGCACGCCUACCACUGCCGCUGCAUCGACCCCUGGUUCGCGCUGGCCGCGCAGCGCGCAUGCCCCAUGUGCAAGCAAGUCGGUCGCCAGCACCCAGGACGGCUCCGACUCCGGCCGCCGACAGCCUGGCGGGCGACGAGGACCCCCGACGCCGCGCCCGCGCCCUCGCUGCCCGGACACCCGCCCCCCAUCUGGGCCAUCCAGGCCCAGCUGCGCUCGCGGAGGCUGCAGCUGCUCGCCCGGGCCGGCCCGCGGGCCCGCUGCAGCUCCACGUCCCUCGCCGUGGCCGACCAGCACGUGGCGUCCUCCCCGGACGGCUCCCCGCGGGCGUCCUGA